AUGUCGAAGAAGAAGCAAAGAUCACCGCCAUGGUCCGACCUCACUCCAGAACUCCUCGCCCUGGUGUUCCUCUGCCUCCCUAGACGUUCAGAUCGUGUCUUAUUUACUGCUGUCUGCCGUGCAUGGCGCUCUGCGGUUCAGCAGUGCCGCCUGCUGCCGUCGCCAGUGCCGUGGCUUGUACGUCCUGAUGGCAGCGCCACCCGCUUCCCCUGCGGCAGCGAGACCUUCCACCUGCCGGAUGGCGUUCGCUGUCACAACUCUUGUGGCGAGUGGCUUCUCUUGUCGCGGGAUGACCGCUGCUGCUUCCUGAUGAACCCCUUCACCAAGGCAACCAUGCUACUUCCUAAACUGUUUACGUACACCACCUACCCUGACCCUUCGGAAACCAUCCACAGGCUCUCUGGGUUGCUUUGCAUUAACCGCAAUUACAUAUCUGUUUUGAGUCUAGUGGUGUGCUCGAAACGCCUCAUUGCUGUGAUAGUUACUAAGGUCCUUGGUGGACGUACAGGAUGUCGAAGAAGAAGCAAAGGUCGAAGAAGAAGCAAAGAUCACCACCAUGAGAGCACGACAAAUAGGUUGCAAUUAAAGGGGGAGCAGCUGCAGGAGCCUGUGGAGACCGACAAAGAUGAUCCUGGGACGCUUCUUCCUGGAGGGACAUCUGGUUCAUCUGCUGCUUCCACAACUUCGUGCUGA